GCAUUCUCUUCGCGCUUGCUUAGUGCAUUUUCGUUACUGCACACUGCGGUUUCGCCCGGUAAUUCAUAUUUUUUGUAUUGCUUGUUCCUGGUUUCGGAAUUGACCUCCAGGUAGUCUGGAAACGUUGCGGUGGCUGAACCGUUCUUGGUUAGCGUGGGGUGAUAAUGUCAUAGAUUUAUUUUGUGGACUGGCUAUGGUCACCUUGCAUGUUCGACUGAACAAUCUCCGUACGUCAACUGCUCGCAUUUGACCAAUAUCGAUAUGUUACUUGAAAGGUAUCGGUGUAUAUUUGAUAGACCUGCGGUGUACUAAUGAGACAUAGUAUGGCCUUGGGGUAUGAUGGUGUAUGAUGGCGCAAUAUUAGCAAAUCUAGUAGUAAAGUCUUAGUGACGCUGACUUCGUCCUAUCUCUGCCUUGUGUUGUUUAAAAAGCCCCCUCUCCCGAGAUCUGUCGAAGCAUCCGCAGCAAGACUUCCCACAGUACACUUCAUUUAAGAUCUUUUAAUAUGUCCGACCUCAAAGCGACCGUUUCGGAGACCACAACAAGUUCUGGCCAUGCCGGAUUCCAUGUUGAAGGUUAUGAGAAGAUUGAAUAUGACUUCACUUUUAUUGAUGGUGUAUUCAAUGUCGAUAAUCCAAACCUUGCGGACUGCUAUGCUCAUUGGGGAAGAUGUUUAGCUGUCACUGACCUAAAUAUCUACAAUGUCUAUGGAAAGCAAAUGGAAAAGUAUUUCGAUCAUUAUAAUAUCAAACUAGUCUUGCACAAGACAAAGAUCGGAGAAAAGGCAAAAACCAUCCCUACGUUUUUGAGUAUUGUGGAUUCCAUGACCGAAUUUGGAAUCUAUCGCAAAGUUUGUACUCUAACCGACAUUUAACAGUUUAUCAAUUUCUAUUCUAACAAACUUUUAGGAGCCAGUCCUUGUUGUUGGAGGAGGUCUUGUCACCGAUGUUGCUGGGUAAGUCGCAUGCGGUUGCAAUUCAAUCUUUUCGAAAUAAUGUGACUAAAGUCAGAUAACUAAUUGUUUCGCAGGUUUGCAUGCGCAGCAUAUAGGCGAAACACCAACUUCAUUCGUGUUCCAACCACUGUCAUUGGAUUAAUUGAUGCAUCUGUAUCAAUUAAGGUUGCAGUGAACUAUGGCAACUACAAGAACAGACUAGGUGCCUACCAUGCCCCUAUUCAUACAUUCCUUGAUUUCACAUUCUUGCGAACACUGCCCACGGCCCAGAUUCGCAAUGGAUUUGCGGAAUUGAUUAAGAUAUCAUCAUGCUCUCAUCUUCCCACUUUCGAUUUGCUGGACAAGUACUGUGAACAGCUCAUUGACAAUUCUUUUGGUCGAGCCAAUGGUUCUUCAAAUGAAUUGAUUGAAGCAGCAGACAAGAUCAACAGAGAGGGUAUUUAUGAAAUGUUGAAGUUGGAAACACCAAAUCUCCACGAGAUUGGUUUGGAUCGUGUCAUCGCUUAUGGACACACGUGAGUGAUCCUGCUGCUAUAGAUUUUAAAUCGUUACUAACAUUAUUAGGUGGUCACCACUGCAUGAACUCGUACCUGAGACACCACUCCGACAUGGUCAUGCAAUCUCUAUUGAUAUGGCAUACUCAGCAACACUUGCCAACCAACGAAAGCUCUUAAGUGAUGAAGAGCAUCGUCGUAUCUUAAACUUGUUUUCACGUGCAGGUCUUUCAAUGGAUCAUCAUCAAUUUGAUGAGGAGCUUCUUCAAAAGGCUACUGCCGCCAUUCUCAAAACACGAGACGGCAAAUUGAGAGCUGCAGUCCCAAAUCCACUUGGAUCUUGUAGUUUCCUCAAUGACGUCUCUGCCGAGGAAAUGAAUGAGGCUUUACAUCGCCACAAAGAGCUGAUGAAAGAGUAUCCAAGAAAUGGAGAAGGUUUAGAGGCAUUUGUCGACGCUUCUGAUACGGGUUACACCGAGAACGCGAAAAUGGAAGAAGAAAGAGUAAUUGAGAUGGCUGCGAAGAAGGCCAGCCAACUAAACGGCACUAAUGGUCAUGUGAAAGCAAAGACGAAUGGUAAUCAUGUAGCUCUCACCAAUGGAAAGGUGAACGGUCUUGUUAGUGGCCAUGGUAACGGGACAUUAAGCAAUGGUGCUACGGGCACCUAUUGAUGGAUGUUUGGAAUCUAAAAGAGAAGGAGCUUUCUGACUUUUAUCAUGUUUUCGACAUGGUUAUGAACACAUGAUUUGUAUUGUUUCUUUAGAACGAUGAAAUUUUUUGGAAGAUGGUUAUAACGCUUUUAACCUAAUGACUCACUCACCCAUUUAUUUU